CAGUACCCCAUCGUUUCGGGUAACGUUAGCUUCCUGCCUAGCGAGGUACCCCGCGAUCCAAGCUGUUGGGUCACCCCACCUUUGUCUUUGUGCGACAUCAACCUUGGAAGGCAUCGAGAGCCAAGUCCAGUCGGUUCUUCCUCUCUCAUCAUAUCCUCCGGCUCUUCACCUCCCAUCGUAUCCUUUCGCAGCUUUGCCCGCAAGGCAAAAAUUGUGCAACCAUGGGGCGCCCUCCGGCGUACCUGUUCGUGGUGAGGCACGGCUACCGCCUCGACGCCGCGGACAAGCAGUGGCACAUGUCGUCGCCGACCCCCUACGACCCUCCGCUGACGUACAGUGGCUGGCAGCAAGCAAAGAGCCUGGGCGUCCGGAUAGCAUCCAUAAUCCGCGAGAGGGUCCACGAGGACGCCGAGCGGGCCGCGAGCGAGGCCGUCGCGGAUCCGUCUGUCGCAGCUGGGAAGAAGAAAACCAAGAGAUACAAAGUCGUGCUGCACAGCUCGCCAUUUCUGCGAUGCGUCCAGACCUCGAUCGCCAUCUGCGCCGGCCUCGCCCAGGAUUCAACCCCGUUUGGUCCCGCAAAGACCCGCGACGAUCCGCGGCCACCAACAGCUGCCCCAGGCUCCCAACCCAAGCCGACCGUCCUCACCGACUCGCAGGGUACUGGCACGCCUGCCGCUCCUGUGCAGAUCCGGAGGUCCGUCCUCCGGUUGGACGCCUUUCUCGGAGAAUGGCUGUCUCCAGAUUACUUCGAGUUCAUCACCCCGCCGCCCGAAUCCGUCAUGAUGCUCGCUAGCGCCAAGGCCGACCUGUUGCGUCGGGAAGACUACACCCAUUACCCAAACUUCAUCUCGCACAGCCACUCCAACUCCCAGGGACAGCUUUGGAGCCCGACCGCCCGCGCAAACUCCGUUUCUCCACUCGCAGACAGCCCGUCUAGCGGUGGGGGGUCCGCCGGUGGGCUGGCUAACUCGCUGCCCGCGGGCUCGGGAACCAGGAGUUGGGAGAACAAGACCACUCAACCCCAGCCGGCGCGGCCAGGUUAUGUUUCCCCCGUCCCGCACUACGCCGUCGGCAACAACAACACAAUUCCGCCGGGAUACGUUUCGCACGCGCGGGACGCCUGCGUCAUGGUUGACUACCAAUGGCACUCGACGCGGGGCUCGCUGGACUGGGGGGAUGGCGGGACGUUUCCGGAAGAGUGGUCGGCCAUGCACAAGCGCUUCCGCACCGGCCUCCAACGCCUGGUGGACUGGUAUUCCACGGCGGAGAACCCGACAGCUCCAGUCACCAAAACCGCUGCAGCGGGGCCCGCAGACGAACCCGCUGAUGGGGACGAGGACGUGGAGACCGAGGCUGUCGUCAUUCUCGUGUCUCAUGGCGCAGGCUGCAAUGCCUUGAUCGGAGCCCUUACUCACCAGCCUGUCCUCAUGGAUGUCGGCAUGGCUUCUUUGACGAUGGCUGUCCGUAAGCCAACAGCGGAUGACUCAGCCUCGUCGUCCUCUGCGGUAUCCACGGGCCUGCGGCCCGUCCACGAACUCUACGACAUCAAGCUAUUUGCCAAUACCGAUCACCUCCGGUCUCCCGGGGCGACACCCGCUUCGCCGCGCGUUCCUUCUAUGUCGGCCGCGCUCAACGGCGUACGAGGCCGUCAUUCGUCAUUCUCUACAAUAGACGGCCUUCCGUGGAAUAGAAGCUCCGAGAACCGAAAUGCGUCGGCAAACACCGCCCUGAAUAGCUUAAGACAGGCCCCGGACAGCGGUUACACGGUCCCGAGAAUUUCGCUCAUGUCCAGGAGCUACGGCACGGCAAGUGGCGGCAGCCUGACUUCGUCGACGUCCACACGGCCCUCGAACCCCGGGCGAACUGGCUCCGGGCUCUGGUCGCCCAGCUCACCACGGGACGAGGAUGAGGAGGACGAGCCGAUGUUUCCGAACUUUGAUCUAGCGCUAGGGGGUGCCACGAGCAGCAGCACAAAAGCUGCUCUUUCACCCGGCCGCGGCGGGAGCGAAGCAGAUUCCGAGACAAACAAGGAGAACGCCGGCAUGACCCGGCCAGAAAACGGCGCAUCACCCGACAUCUCUACCGGGCGGUCACCGAAGCCCGAACCGGAACAGCUGGGUGCCGGUGCCGGCGGGCUGUGGGGCAUCCCCAGGCCGCCCGACGACGCAGACCGUCUGCGCGAUCUUAGCGGCGUCAAGCGUCGGUGGACCGUCACUGAGAGGAGCUAAGUUGCUUGGCUCAGGCUUCCAACGGCCCCGAUCGCUGCCUCAACCAAUUCCUGCCAUGAGCCGGUUCAUGGCUGCUGAGGUUGAACAUCUCGGAUUAUUUGUGUGGUGUACUU